AUGCCGCUGAUCUACGCCUUUGUCGCUCGACGUACCACCGUGCUCGCGGAGUACACCGGAUACUCCGGGAACUUCAGCACCAUCGCGACGCAGGCACUGGAGAAGAUCUCGGAGGAUAACACGCGAUUCACGUACACUGCGGAUGGGCACACGUUCAACUACGUCGUGGAAAACGGGUUCACGUACCUCGUCGUCGCCGAUAGCUCACAGGGUCGACACGUCCCCUUCGCGUGCUUGGAUCGAAUCAAGGCGGAAUUUGCGAGGGAUCACGCGUCGGAGGCGCAGGACGCGAUCGCGCACUCACUUAACAAAUCGUUUGCGCCGAGACUUAAGGAACACCUAGAGUUUUGCUCGGCGAACCCAGAGGCGGUGAGCAAGGUGAGUCAGGUGCAACAGCAAGUGAGCCAGGUGAAGGAGAUCAUGAUGGAUAACAUCGAGAAGGUGCUCGACAGAGGGGAAAAGAUCGAGAUUCUCGUGGAUAAGAGCGACGCUCUGCGAUUCCAGGCGGACAACUUUCACAAGACGGGUCGACAGCUUCGACGAAGGAUGUGGUGCGAAAACAUGAAGAUGAAGGUGCUCGUAGGUGUCAUCGUCUUGGCCAUCCUCUUUACACUCAUCUUCACGUUAUGUGGCAAGAAGUGCACUGGUUAA